GCAAAUUAUUAGAAGCUGAAAAUGCACGGCUUUCACGUGCGUUUAGUUACAUGGACAUGAACAAUGACAAUAAACUGGAUUGGUGGGAAUUUGUCAACCAUGAAAGUAAACAUUACCUCGCAGAGAAAAACAAAUACGAUUUGGUGGAUCUCUUAACGAAAAAGGAACUAUGUGCAGCCAAGGCAACAUUUAAUAUAAUGGACAUAGACGGUGAUGGUAGAGUAAAAGAAUACGAGGUGAAAGAAGCUUUCAAAAAUUGGUACAGAAAUUUCGAAAAGCGUAAACUCAGCCUCACGAAUGAAAUUGUCAAAGACUCGGACAUAUUGGACCUACACGCUAGCGUAUUUACCGACAUUAUCAUGGAAUCUAAUAACAAGCAGGGGGAUGUAAAAUGGGAGGAUUUUAUACUGGACCAGGCAUUGUAUAUCAUCUGUGCACGACCAAACAUCAGCAUAUAGAAGCGAACAUAAACUGAAAACAUUUGUACCUUUUACCAUGUGAAUGGGGACUGGGAUGGGGUUACAGAACGUCGACAUCAGAUGGACUGUUGCACUCUUUUUGUGGGAACAUAUUUAAGUGACUUAAUUUUAGAAUUCCACAUUUGCAAUGUGUUACAGGUCAUGGGACAUUCCAGCUUUAUUGAAGGAAGACCUAGCUGUUUUCUUAUGUGAAUAUAGGGCAUGUAUAUAUCUUAUGUAUACACAUGUAUAUGUUUUUAUGCUACGUACACCGAGGGUUUAAGUUACGCAGCAUUUUAUAUCUUGUUUUUAUGAUUAAAUA